CCCCGUCCCCCGCGCGCCGGCGGGCAGCGAGGCGCGGCGCCCAGCGCGGCGGCGGAGCGGAGCGGAGCAGCGCGGAGCGGAGCGCGGCGGCGGCGCCGGGCAUGAGGCGCGGUGGCUCCGCGGGGCCGCGGCUCCUGCGCGGCUGCCUCUGCCUGCUCGGCCUGCGGCUGGUGCUCGGCGCUGCGCAGCCAGAGUCCAAAGUCUUUCUCAUCUACAACACGGGCCUGCAGAGCUGCCUGGAGACCAAGGACUCGCUGGUGAGGUUGGCCAAGGCCUGCAACGCCAGCGCCCCGGCCCACCAGUGGAAAUGGGUCUCGAGGAACCGGCUCUUCAACGUGGGCGCCAUGCAGUGCCUGGGGGUGUCGUGGCACGGGGCCAACGCCACCGCGGGCCUGCACCCGCUGGCCACCUACGAGUGCGACCGCGAGUCCGUCAACAUGCGCUGGAGCUGCCGCAGCCUCGGCGAGCAGCUCUCGCAGCACCUGGGCACCCGGGCGGCCAAUUCCUCCCUGGCGCCCGCCGACAGGGGCGACCAGGCCCGCGGCUCGCACUGGCGCACCUACGGCACCGAGGAGGACCUCUGCUCCGUGCCCUACUCUGAGAUUUACACCAUUCAGGGCAACUCGCACGGGAAGCCCUGCACCAUCCCCUUCAAGUACGACAACCAGUGGUUCCACGAAUGCACCAGCACGGGCCGCGAGGACGGCCACCUCUGGUGUGCCACCACCCAGGACUACGGCAAGGACGAACGAUGGGGCUUCUGUCCCGUUAAGAGCAACGACUGCGAGACCUUCUGGGACAAGGACCACGUCACCAACAGCUGCUACCAGUUCAACUUCCAGUCAACGCUGUCGUGGCGGGAGGCCUGGAAUAGCUGCGAGCAGCAAGGUGCCAACCUGCUGAGCAUCACCGAGAUCCACGAGCAGACCUACAUCAACGGGCUGCUGACGGGCUACAGCUCCACGCUCUGGAUCGGCCUCAACGACUUGGACAUCAACGGCGGCUGGCAGUGGUCGGACAACUCGCCACUGAAGUACCUCAACUGGGAGAGCGACCAGCCCGACAACCCCAGCGAGGAGAACUGCGGCGUGAUCCGGACCGAGUCGCUGGGGGGCUGGCAGAACCGCGACUGCGGCAUCGCCCUCCCCUACGUCUGCAAGAAGAAGCCCAACGCCACCGCCGACCCCUUCGCCACGGACUCGUGGUCGGAGGUGAAGGUGGACUGCGAGCCCAGCUGGCAGUCUUUCCAGUCCAACUGCUAUCGCCUGGUGGGGGAGAAGAAAAGCUGGCAGGACGCGAAGAAGACCUGCCUGCGGAGCGGGGGGGACCUGGUGAGCAUCCACACCCUCUCCGAGCUGGAGUUCGUCACCAAGCAGAUCAAGCAAGACGUGGAAGAGCUGUGGAUUGGCCUGAAUGACCUCAAGCUGCAGAUGAACUUCGAGUGGUCGGACGGGACGCCGGUGAGGUUCACCUACUGGCAUCCCUUCGAGCCCAACAACUUCCGCGACAGCCUGGAGGACUGCGUGACCAUCUGGGGCCCGGAAGGGAGGUGGAACGACAGCCCGUGCAACCAGACCCUGCCCUCUAUCUGCAAAAAGCCCGGCUGGGUGAGCCAGGAGAAAGAGGAGGACGACCACGGGUGCCGAAAGGGCUGGAAGUGGCACAGCCCCUCCUGCUACUGGCUCGGCGAGGACCGCGUGCCCUACGGCGACGCUCGCCGGACCUGCUCCGACUACGGCUCCACGCUGGUCACCAUCACCAACAGGUUCGAGCAGGCCUACGUGAGCAGCCUCGUCUACGGCUGGGAGAGCGAGUACUUCUGGACGGCGCUGCAGGACAUCAACGAGACGGGCGCUUUCCGCUGGCUCAGUGGCGACGAGGUCACCUACACCCACUGGAACCGCGACCAGCCCGGUUACAAGAGAGGCGGCUGCGUGGCCCUGGCCACCGGCAGCUCCGUGGGGCUGUGGGAGGUGAAGAACUGCAGCACCUUCAAGGCCAAGUACAUCUGCCGGCAGAACCUGGGCACACCGGUGAACCCCGAGCUGCCGGCGCCCUACCCCACGCCCAGCCUCACCGGCUCCUGCCCCCAGGGCUGGAGCUCCGACGCCAAACUCCGCCACUGCUACAAGGUGUUUAACUUCGACAAACUGCAAGAGAAGAAGACGUGGAUCAUGGCGCAGGAGUUCUGCCGGGAGCUGGGGGCCCAGCUGCUCAGCCUGGGCAGCUACGAGGAGGAGCACUUCGUGGCCAACACCCUCAACAAGAUCUUUGGCGAAGCGGAGCCGGAGAUCCACGAGCAGCACUGGUUCUGGAUUGGCCUGAACCGGCGGGACCCCGCGGGGGACCGGAGCUGGCGCUGGAGCGACGGGCUGGGGUUCUUCUACCACAACUUUGACCGCAGCAACUACGACGACGACGACAUCCGGGACUGCGCCGUGCUGGACCUGGCCUCCUUGCAGUGGAUGCCGAUGCAGUGCGAAGCCCAGCUGGACUGGAUCUGCAAGCUGCCCAAAGGCGCCGACGUGAAGGAGCCAGAGAUCACGACACAAGGCAGCAAAGAGUGGGUGAAGUACCAGGAGGCGGAGUACAAGUUCUUCGAGCAUCACUCCACGUGGGUGCAGGCGCAGCGCAUCUGCACCUGGUUCCAGGCCGAGCUCGUCUCCGUGCACAACCAAGCCGAGCUGGAUUUCUUGGGCCAGAACCUGAAGAAGUUCUCCAGGGGCCAGGAGCAGCACUGGUGGAUCGGGCUGCACACCUACGAGAACGACGGGCGCUUCAAGUGGUCCGACGGCUCCCUCCUCAACUUCAUCUCCUGGGCGCCGGGCAAGCCCCGGCCCAUCAGCAAGGACAAGAAGUGCGUCUACAUGACGGCCAGCAGAGAGGACUGGGGCGACCAGAAGUGCCUGACCGCCCUGCCGUACAUCUGCAAGCGGAGCAACGCCACGGCAGCGAAGCCCUCCCUGCCGCCGCCGCCCGCCCCCGCAAGCGGCGGCUGCCCCCGCGGCUGGUUCCCCUUCUUCAGCAAGUGUUUCAGCUUCAACGGCCACGACAAAUCGGAGCUCGUCAAGUGGCCGGAGGCGAAGCAGGCGUGCGAGAGCCAGGGCGCCGUGCUGGCCACCAUCUCCAACCACCUGGAGCAGGCCUUUAUAACGUCCAUGCUCCUGAACAUCUCCGUCGACCUGUGGAUCGGCCUCCACGACGCCAAGAAGGAGUUUCGGUGGGUGGAGGCGGAGCCGCUGCGGCACGUCAGCUGGGCCCCCGGCGAGCCCUCGGGCUACGGCACGUCCAGCGACAAGCCGAGCAACUGCGUGGUGGUGUGGCACGGCUUGCCGCCGCACUUCACCGGCCGCUGGGACGACCGCGGCUGCCUGGAGGAGAAGCACGGCUACAUCUGCCAGCGCCCCUUAGACCCGUCCCUGAGCCCCCGGCGGACGCCGUCCCCGCCGUCGCCCGCCGGCCCCCUCUUUUACCACAACAGCACCUACCGCGUCCUGCAGAAGCCGCUGCGGUGGCACGAGGCCCUGCUGCUCUGCGAGAGCCUCAACGGCAGCCUGGCCAGCGUGCUGGACCCCUACAGCCAGGCCUUCCUCACCCAGGCCGUCAGCGGGCUGCGGGCCCCGCUCUGGAUCGGGCUGGCCAACGACGAGGGCGGUCGGAGCUACGGCUGGUUCACGGAGGAGAGCUUCUUCUACGCCAACUGGCAGGACGGGGAGCCCCAGCAGGCCGCCGGCUGCUCCUACAUGGACGUGGACGGCACGUGGCGCACGGCCGGCUGCGACGCCAAGCUGCAGGGCGCCAUCUGCAAGCUCAACACAGGUGCCCCCCGGGCCCACAAGUGGAGCUACAGCGGCAGCUGCCCCAAGUCGCUGGAGGACUCGUCCUGGAUCCCCUUCCGGGACCACUGCUACACUUUCCACAUGGAGAUCACCCUGGGGCAGAAGGACGCCAUGAGGAGGUGCCAGAAAGUGGGCGGCACGGUGCUGUCCAUCCAGGACGAGACGGAGAACGUCUUCGUGUGGGAGCAUCUCCAGGCCUACGAGGGCCCGUCCAAGGGCGCCUGGCUGGGCAUGACGUUCAACCCCAAAGGAGGCACCUUGGUUUGGCAUGACAACACCGCCGUGAACUACUCCAACUGGGGCCAGCACGACACGGGGCCCAGCAUGCUCAGCCAGAACAGCUGCUACUGGAUCCAGAGCAGCAACGGCGUGUGGCGCCUGGGCUCCUGCACCAACGUCACCAUGGGCGUCAUCUGCAAAAUCCCCCGGGUUGAGGAGAGCAGCUUUUCCCGGUCAGCCCUGCCGGAGAACACGACCGCCAUCGCGGUGGUGGUGCUGUCGACGCUGGCGCUGUGCGCGCUGCUGGGCAUGGCGGCGUACCUGUACAAGCGGCGGCGGAGCGCCGAGCGGGGCGCCUUCGAGAGCGCCCGCUACAGCCGCACCACCUCCAACCCCAGCGAAUCCGCCGAGAAGAACAUCCUGGUGUCGGACAUGGAGAUGAACGAGCAGCAAGACUAACGGCGGGGGGGGGAGGCCGGGGCGGGAGGGGGCCGGGGGGGGGACGGAGGGCGCCGCACCACGCUGUCCCCGUGCCGGGUGUUGCAGCGGGGGCCCGGCACGGGGCCGGCCGCGGGGUCCGCCUUGGUGUGGACGGGGCUUCGGCCGCCGCCGUCCCUCGGGUCGCCGCCGCCGUCUCCGGGCUCGUCUGGUGGCGUCGGCCAGGAGCUCGUCUGGCGCGGCCCUGGAGGCAGUUUCAGGGUUAAAAUUUGAGGGAAGUUGCCCCCCAGUCAAAGAGCUUCCCCAUGGCCGGACCAGGCUCUGCGACGCCUUCCCCUCGGGAGGAGGUGAGCGCAGGCGUUCGGGGCCCUGCGAUGGCCCCGGGGGGCUCGUUCCCCCCCGAGGAAACGAGCUGGUGUCCGAGAAGACAUCGCCCUCCGGGCAAGAGGUCUCCAAAGCCAAUCUACCUCCCCUCCGCGCGCAGAGGUAAGGCCUCCCCCCUUGCCGAGCGCGCGCGAGCAGCGCCGGUGCCGGGCCUCGUCCGCCUCAUCGCCUGCCUCCCACGGCGCAGACGCCCCGGCCACCCGAGCGUGGCGGCCCCCCGUCCCCCCCCCCCGAGCCGGGCCGCCCCGCUGCAGCUUCCCGUGCCUCCGGUCCCCUUCCCGAGCGGCUGCCCGCCUUCGUUCAGUGCCCGAGCCAAACCGCUGAGCGGUCCCUCCCGGCCGGCGCGGCCUCGGCGCCCCGGCAGCCAUGUGCCCGCCCGCCCGCUCCGUGGCUCCUUGUGACAGUUUUGGCCCGACCGCAGAGCGCCCGGAGCAAGGAGCCGAGUGGCUCCCGGUCCCGAGGCCGGAGCUGCCGGGGGGGCCCGGCGUGGUGGGGCAGGCAGGGCCGCACUCGCCGGCGAUGGCCCCGCGUAGGCCGCGUUUGCCGGCAGUGGCCUCGCACAGGCCGCAUUGGCGAGCGCGCGGGGAAGGUCGGGUGGGGGGGGUUCCGCUUUGGACGAUUCGGUGACGUUUCGGAGGUCGUUCUUGUUUUUUAAGGAAACGAUAGCUUUUUGCUAUACUGUAUUGAGUGCGUGCUGAAUAUAUACCUUCUUUCACACAGA